AUGUCGACGCCAAGUCUACGAACAUUUUCGCUAUGCAGUGGGAGCUAUGGCGGCCCGCCAGUAACGACGACGACACCAGUCGCCUCAUCAUCACCCGUCAACGUCAAGCUCCUCCUGAUUGGCAAUGCAUCUGUAGGCAAGAGUAGUUUUCUAUUGCGAUUCUCAGACGAGCAGUGGAUACCCGAGGACGAGGCGACUGCAACUAUCGGAGUGGAUUUCAGGGUCCACAUGAUGGAAGUGAAUGGCCGAAAGGUCAAACUCAGUAUAUGGGACACAGCAGGACAAGAACGUUUUCGGACGAUUACGUCGUCCUAUUAUAGGGGUGCUCAGGGUAUCAUAGUCGUAUACGACGUCGCGAAUAGAGAAACGUAUGAUGCGUUGCCCAAAUGGUUCACGGAGAUCGAUACGUAUGUCUCGUCAUUGGUGCCGAAGAUCAUCGUUGGCAAUAAACUAGAUAAGGUAUCUACCUCUGAAGGGCAGACGUUCGCUACCCGCAAAGAAUGCCUCUUCCUAGAAGCAAGCGCUAAAACCUCUGUUGGUGUACGCGAGGUUUUCGAGGAUCUUGUGAAAUGGAUACUCGAGACACCAGAAUUGUGGGCACCCGUGACACCCGAGUCUGGGGGUGGGAAACGUGGAGAUGGGGAAGAUGGGAUGCCGGGGACAAUUGAUUUGAAUGGGCGGUCGGCACAAGAAGACGAUGGGGGGGGGUUGGUACAUAUUCUAAUGAUCUGGACUCAGGGUGUUGACAUUUCUGCUAAGAACGGUGUAAUAGCUGCACCGAGUAUGGCUCUCGAGAUAAGAGGAUCGGCGCGUCGCAACCUCGAGAUAAGAUACAAAGCGUCGGCGACACGGUCAAGGAGAGGAGUGCGCACGAGAGACACGCUCAUGGUCAAAUUCUAA